GAUCUCGUGAAAAAUCACCUGAUGUACGCAGUGCGGGAGGAGGUAGAGGUCCUGAAAGAGCAAAUCAAAGAACUGUUGGAGAAAAACUCCCAGCUGGAGCGUGAAAACAGCCUCCUGAAGACCCUUGCCAGCCCCGAGCAGCUGGAGAAGUUCCAGUCCCGGCUCCCCACAGAG